GCCUCCGCGACGUCGCCGCGGCCGCCUCCGCUCGCCUCCGGCUAUGGAGGAGCCGCCGCUCCAACAACCGCUGCCGCCCGGGGAAGACGAGGAGGAAGGGGAGGAAGAGGAGGAGGAGGAGACGGACGCGGAGUGGAGCUUUGUUGACCGAGAGAUGGAGGCGGUAGCGCUGCGGGACCUGCCCAGUGCCACCAUCGCCUGUAACCUGGAUCCGCGCGUCUUCCAGGACGGCCCGUACCGGGCCAAAUUUGAAUCCCUGUUCCGACCCUACGACAGGGACCUCACCUUUCAGUAUUUUAAAAGUUUCAAAAGAGUGAGAAUCAACUUCAGCAACCCUUUGUCUGCAGCAGAAGCCAGGAUCCACCUGGACAAGACAGAAUUCCUUGGAAAACAGCUCAAACUUUAUUUUGCUCAGACUCUGCACAUCGGCAGCUCCCGCCUGGCCCCCCCGAACCCCGAGAAGCAAUUCCUGAUCUCCCCGCCCGCCUCCCCUCCCGUGGACUGGAAGCAAGCGGAGGAUGCCACCCCCGUGAUCAACUACGACCUGCUGUGCGCCAUCUCCCGCCUGGGGCCAGGUGACAAAUACGAGCUGCACGCGGCCACCGCCACCACCCCCAGCGUGGUGGUGCACGUUUGUGACAGCGACCAGGAGCAGGAGCAGGAGCAGGAGCAGGGCAGGAGACCCAAACCCAAAAUCGUCCAGACCCGCCGGCCGGAUUUCAGCCCGGCCCACCUGAGCUGAGCUCGGCUCGGCUGCUCCUGCCCAGCCUUCCCAGGGAAAUCCUGCUCUGGCAGCAGCACCAGCAGAGUUCCGCGCUCCCUUUGAUCGGGGUGAAGCAAUUCCAAGUGAAAUCUGCUCCAAGUGAAGCAAUUCCAAGUGAAAUCUGCUCCAAGUGAAGGAAUUCCAAGUGAAAUCUGCUCCAAGUGAAGCAAUUCCAAGUGAAAUCUGCUCCAAGUGAAGCAAUUCCAUGUGAAAUCUGCUCCAAGUUCAGGAAUUCCACGCUCAGUUUGCUCCAAGUGAAGCAAUUCCAAGUGAAAUCUGCUCCAAGUGAAGCAAUUACAAGUUAAAUUUGCUCCAAGUGAAGAAAUUCCAGGUUAAAUUUGCUCCAAGUGAAGCAAUUCCAAGUGAAAUCUGCUCCAAGUGAAGCAAUUCCAUGCUGAGUUUGAUCCAGAUGAAGGAAUUCCAAGUUAAGUUUUCUCCAGGUGAAGCAAUUCCAAGUUAAAUCUGCUCCAAGUUCAGGAAUUCCAAGCGAAAUCUGCUCCAAGUGAAGCAAUUCCAAGUGAAAUCUGCUCCAAGUUCAGGAAUUCCGAGUGAAAUCUGCUCCAAGUGAAGCAAUUCCACUCUCAGCUUGAUCCAGGUGAAGCAAUUCCAAGUGAAAUCUGCUCCAAGUGAAGCAAUUCCAUGCUGAGUUUGAUCCAGAUGAAGGAAUUCCAAGUUAAGUUUUUUCCAGGUGAAGCAAUUCCAAGUUAAAUCUGCUCCAAGUGAAGCAAUUCCAAGUGAAAUCUGCUCCAAGUUCAGGAAUUCCAAGUGAAAUUUGCUCCAAGAGAAGCAAUUCCACGCUGAGUUUGAUCCAGGUGAAGGAAUUCCAAGUUAAGUUUUCUCCAAGUGAAGCAAUUCCAAGUUAAAUUUGCUCCAAGUGAAGAAAUUCCAGGUUAAAUUUGCUCCACGUGAAGGAAUUCCAAGUUAAGUUUUCUCCAAGUGAAGGAAUUCCAAGUGAAAUCUGCUCCAAGUGAAGGAAUUCCACUCUCAGCUUGAUCCAGGUGAAGGAAUUCCAAGUUAAGUUUGCUCCAAGAAAUUCCACGCUCAGUUUGCUCCAAGUUCAGGAAUUCCAAGUUAAAUUUGCUCCAGCUGAAAGAAUUCCAUGCUGUUUGCUCCAAGUGGGGGAAUUCCAAGUGAAAUUUGCUCCAAGUGAAGGAAUUCCACUCUCAGCUUGAUCCAGGUGAAGGAAUUCCAAGUGAAAUUUGCUCCAAAUCAGGCAAUUCCAAGUUCAGUUUGCUCCAAGUGAAGGAAUUCCAAGUGAAAUUUGCUCCAAAUCAGGCAAUUCCAAGUUCACUUUGCUCCAAGUGGAGGAAUUCCAAGUGAAAUUUGCUCCAAAUCAGGCAAUUCCAAGUUCAAUUUGCUCCAAGUUCAGGAAUUCCGUGCUCAGCUCGGCUGCCGACGUGCCGAGUGAAUUCCCAGAUCCCUGGGAGCAGAGGAUGGGAGAAGGGCACAUUUUGGGACACAACAGAACUACCUGGGCUUCUUUUUUUGGGGAAAAGCAGCUGGGGGAGGCUUUCCUUGUUGUGAUUCCCAUAAAUCCUCCAGCUGGUGGGGGUUUGGAAAACCUUGGGAUAACGGGGUUGGAAAGAUGAUGGGAAUUUGGGGAAUUUAAACCCUUUUUCUUACACUAGGUUUUGUGCAUGUUUCUUCUUGGUCUUCUCAAGUAAUUUGCUUUCUUUUCUAGAGUUUCUCCCAAGUUUCUGGAAAUCUGGGAAUUGUUUCAAGUAUUUAUUAUCUCAGAAUUCCUCCUGGAUGUGUACAUACAUUGACAUAUUUAUAUUUGGUUUUAUUGGCACUCGUUUUCCAGCAGGAUUCAAUUCCUCCAGCACCUUUUUGGUUUUUUUGUUUGUUUGUUUUUGGUGCUCUGGAAGUUGUGCUUUUUAAAUUUUAACCUUUGAAAUUCCUGCGGAGUGGUUUUUACCUGGCAAAGCAACGGGGCGGGGAGGGUGGGGAAGUG